CCUGAGAUUUCCUGCAGCUGCUUGUCUUGUGAUCUGGGAUCUAGGUGGAGCUGGAGACUCCAGAUUGUGCCUUGGCCCAGCUGGCGUGGGGGCCGAUGGCUGCAGCAAGGCUGGCUCAGGGCACAGUCCUCUUUGAGGAGGUAGCUGUAUAUUUCUCCAAGGGGCAAUGGGAUAUGCUGGAUCCUGGCCAGAAAGCCCUCUACAAAGAUGUGAUGUUGGAGAAUUACAAGACCCUGAAUUCAGUGGGACUCCAUAUUACCAAGCCCCAAGUGAUCUCCCAGCUGGAACAGGGGGAAGAGCCAUGGAUCCCAGAUCUCCAGGACUUGGAGGAAAGGGGGAUCCUGCGAAACAUUAACACAGGUGAUGGGAUGGUGAGUGAGAGCAAGGAGAGUCCUGACCAGAAACAUCUUGAGGAGCAACAACCACACAGAUCUGAAGGAGAUGCCUCCCCCAGCCCUGGCCAGGGAGAAGGUCCUGAAAUUCAGCAUGGAGUAAAGGAGCAGGAGGCACACCUGAGAUGUGAUAAAGCUGCUUGCCCUGCAGUGAGUGUGCAGGACGUGGAGGAAAUCCCAGGCCAGCCUAAAGCCUGUGCAAAGGACAAACUGCAUGAAUGCGCUGAGUGUGGCAGACACUUCAGUCGGAGACCAAACCUGAUUAGACACCAGCGCAUCCACACAGGUGAGAGGCCGUACAGCUGCACUGAAUGUGGGGAGAGUUUCAGCGUGAGCUCAAACCUGACCCGGCAUCGGAGAACGCACAAGGGAGAGAGGCUCUACACGUGCCCCGAGUGUCCAAAAAGCUUCAAGCAAAGCGCAGACCUGGUCUCCCACCAGAGGAUCCACACGGCAGAGAGGCCUUACAAGUGCUCCAGGUGCAGUAGAAGGUUUAAACGGAGCUCUGACCUCACGUCUCACCAAAGACUGCACACGGGGGAGAGGCCGUAUCGCUGCCCUGGCUGUGGGAAGAGCUUUGGGCAGAGCUCAGACCUCCUCUCCCAUCGCACCGUCCACACCAGGGAGAGGCCCUACAGCUGCCUCGAGUGUGGGAAAUGCUUUGCUUAUUUCUCAUCCCUUAUUUCCCACCAGAGACUGCACACAGGGGAGAGGCCUUAUUGCUGCCUCCACUGUGGGAAGAGCUUCCGCCAGAGCUCGCACCUGACGGCCCAUCAGAGACGCCAUACAGGGGAGAAACCCUUCUGCUGCCCCGAGUGUGGGAAGAGCUGCCAGCGCAGUGCAGACCUGGUUGUGCACCAGAGGAUCCACACGGGUGAGAUGCCCUACCACUGCCCCGACUGCGGGAAGAACUUCAAGAGGAACUCAGAGCUAAUUUCCCACCGGCGAAUUCACACAGGGGAAAAGCCAUAUGCAUGCCCCGAGUGUGGGAAGAGCUUCAGCCAGAGGUCCCACCUUGUUAUUCAUCAGAGGAUCCAUGCAGGGGAGAAACCCUACAAGUGUCUGGACUGCGGGAAGAGCUUCAAGGGAAGCUCGGAGCUAAUUCUACACCGGAGAGUCCACACGGGGGAGAAACCAUAUCAGUGCCCUGAGUGCCGAAAGAGCUUCAGUCAGAAAUCACACCUCAUCAGACACCAAAGACUCCACACAGGGGAAAGGCCCUACAAGUGCUCUGUGUGUGGGAUAAACUACAAGGCAAAGGUCUCACUGUUAUCCCAUGAGAAACUCCACAUGGGACAGAAGGCAGGGGGACCUCUGACUGUGAUGUGAUGGGUCUGUGCCCAUCUGAAGCAGCAUAUCAGUUUGCUGCUUGUCAUUUUGAAAACUCAUGGAAGUUGGGUGAAGACCCAGAAGGCUGGAAAAGAGCAAUUAUAGUUCCCAUCUUUAACAAAAGGGGAAAAGGAAGAUUUGGGCAAUUAUAGAUCAGUGCAGCCAACCUUGAGAGCUGAAACAUUACUGAUGCCUAUCAUCAAGCAAUCUGUUUGCUGACCUCUUGGUGCUUCCAAAGUGAUAAGCAGGUGCCACAUGGAUGGUUCAUGAACAAAUCACACCUGAUCAACCUGAUUUCCUUUUCUGUGAUGAAGUGGUGUCUUCACUGAUACAGGGAGGGGGUUGAUGAGGGGAAAAUGCAGCAGUUGAUGCAAUGUACCUUGGCUUUAGUAAGGCUUUUGACAUAGCUUGCCAUGACUUCUUCAUAAGUAAGCUGAGAUGUGGUCUUGAUCCAAGGUGGCCAGCCUGCAGCACAUGUGGCAUGGGCAGACUUUGGGUGUGGUGCAGAUCAGAGAGGGGGCAGGCAGCAGGGAGCAGAAAGCAGAGCAGCAGACUGGGCAUGGAGCAGAAAGCAGAUUAGGCAGGGGGAGGUGAUCAGAGUGGUAUUCUGGGAGGGCAUGGGGCUUAAUUAGUGGCAUGCCUGCCAAAAAGAUUUAACCCCACUGAUCUAGAGGAAAUUGGUAAUACGCGGGUGUAUAAAUUGUUGGAGAAUCGUGCUCAGAGUAGUUAUGAGCUAUUCAAUGGGAGAUAUCAAGUGGGGUUCCUGGACACCAAUUGGACACUUUAGAGGAAAGGAUUAGGAUGCAAAACAGAUUAGGAUUCCUGCUGGCUUUUCCCCACUCCCCUGGAAAAAAGGAAAAGCUUAAUGGAAGCCUGUUAAUGCUCUCCUUGAAGCCUUUCUAUAUUCUUUUUCACUCUUUCCCCCAUCUGAACUAUCCCCACUCUCCUCCAGGACACCCGUACCAGAGUGAGGGUUCAUUAUUAUUGCCAUUUUGUGUAUUCCUUUAUGUGCAUUUAGCAAUAAAAGAGUGGUUUCCAAAAGGCUGCAAGA